AUGUCCCCUCUGUGGAUCUUGCUAACAUUGCUCCCCGUCCUGGGGAGCGCGGAAAGGUUCAACUGUAAAGGUCGGAUCUUGGGCGCGUACUAUGCAGACGCUAAGUCUGGCUGCAAGGCCUUCCACGUGUGCGUGAGGGUCGCUGGAGGAGGGAUCAGGGACUUCAGGUUCUUCUGUCCCCCGGGCACACUGUUCCACCAGGAGGCGCAAACCUGCACGGACUGGGGAGACGACGAUCCACUCGCCUGCCCCGCCGACAUCUACGACGGUCAGUUCGAUCUCUACAGGAUCGGAUCCGGAUUUGACACCAAGAAGUUGUCGUCUUAUGGAAAUCGCGAUGAUGAAGCUGAGUUCGGUCUCCAGCGCGCUGAGACCGGUGACCGUCGGCUGUCCCAGAACAAUGUCGCCCAGAGUCGACCUGACUCUGACCUUCGAGCAGCACACUCGUCCGACUUCUUCAGCGGACAACGUGACCGUGGCCGUGAUGAACAAACCCCUCCCGCUUCCUCUCCAUCCCCAGUCUCCUCCCAACAACCCUACCAACGACAGUCAUUCCGUAGACCUACUACCCAACGUACUUACCCCACAACCCAGCGCACAUUUCCCACCACACAGUACACCACACCUGCACCACCUCCAUCCAGUCAGCCUCCUGUGCCACCCCAGCAGUAUGACGUACCUUCUAAACGUAAACUUGUGAGAAAACGUCCCAUAUACGUCUCGACUAAAGCCCCACCCACAACUUUCCUACCAAACACUCCUCCCCAACAACAACAGCUGCAGCAGCAACAGCAACAACAGCAGCAACCACAACAACAACAACAACAGCAACAGCAGCAAUAUUCUGAGCCGCAACAGCAAAACUUUAACCGCCGAUUCAACGCACAAAACAGACAACAAGCCUUCACUCCUCCUCCAAACGUUCCUCCACAAUACAAACAGUAUAAAGAUGAAUACGUCGAAGUUCCUAGAGUGACUCCAAAACAAAAUAACAGGUUCUAUCCCAACGGUGCUCCUACCACUUUCCCACAGCCCUCGUCCACAGCGGCCCCUCGGUUUAAUAAAAAGGAAGGUCUUAUUGAAUUAUAUAAUUACGACGCACAAUCAACUCCGGGACUAAAUGUUCAGAACGAAAAUCGACCCUUCAAAGUUAGAAAUAGCUUCAAUGUACAAGAUGUUCCUAGAGACCCAGAAUUCGCGCGUGCCAAGAACUUUAAUAACUUCAACAACAGAGUGGAGAACAACAGAGAGAAUGUUAGAGACACACCUACAACUGUAGACUACAGCGUUCCCGCAAGAACUUUCCCUACCACUACACCAGCCUACAAAAACUUCAACAGCGUCUCAUAUGAACCCGAAAAGAAUAAUUUCGUUCCUUACUCGAAACAAACUUAUUACAACAGUCCUACGACCACGAGCGCUCCAUCGACUACGAUCUACACGACAUCACGCCCUGAACCUCCACUUAACUUGAACACAGUGGCAUACAACACCAACCUCGCCUUCAACACACAGUCUGCUAGUUUUGCCGAGGACACUGAUGAAGAUGAUGGCCAGUAUCAUCCUCCACAAGGAGAAGAUGACGGACAGUACCGUCCAGAAUUAUAUGACCGGGAGUUGCUAGCUGGUGCUCAUUCACUCAAUAUUGCUGCAAGUGGCAAUAGGCUUCCAGAAGAACGCAAAAAGUAUGCAAAGACACAACCUCCACCGAAACCUUCAGCUCAAACUGCAGCCCCAAGGCCAUUCAGGCCUGCACCUACACCGACUGCACCUCCCACUACGAGAGCACCGGAACCAAUUUAUACGACAACACCUCAGCCGCAGACGAUAAACACGCAGCGCACUUUCGAUUACUUCCAAACGUACACCACGACGUCGAGGCCCACUGAUUAUCAAGCAUUGAACCAGAACUUCCCUUCAGCUAAUGAUGCACCUGCCGGUCCCACGACGACUGUAGCUCCAAGAGCACCAGAGACGAGGCCGCCUCGUCCACCGAGCCGCGUGCCCGUGCCGCCCUCGCCACCAUCUACUCCGGCACCACGGCCCACCACUCGUGCACCACAUUUCGCGAAACCUGCACAUGAUAAAGAAGAUAACAGUUAUGACUACGCGUAUUAUGACUCCGACCCAGGAUUCACCGAGUACGAGCAUAUAGAAGAAUUUGGUAAAACUAAAACAAGAGCGUAA